AUGAAGUUCUUUUCAAUAAUACUCUCAUCAUAUGUAGCUGCUGUGUCAGCACACAUGUCAAUGGUUUAUCCACUUGCACGAGGACACCCACAUAAUCCUAACGCUGCCGUAAAAGAUUACGACUGUAUAACCGCUCCAUUAACGUCGUCGUCAUUAAUACAAUCUGGGAAUUGUGCAAGGAAGUUCUUUCCAUGUGGUGGUUAUCCAAUGGACACCAAAAUCACACAAGUUUUCUAUGCUGGUGACGUUGUUGAUGUGAAAUUCUGGACUCCGUCGCUUCCCGAUGGUCCACAACCAGGUUCCGAAAGCGCUAGUCAAGCAAGACAUAAUGGUGGACUUUGUGAAUUCUCUUUAUCCUACGAUGGGGGUAAAACUUACACAGUUAUUGCUACUUAUAAUCAGACUUGCCCAGAUAUUUUCUUUGAUUGGAAAGUGAAAAUCCCAGAUGCUGCUCCAUCAUGCGAUGAUCCCGGAAAAUGUAUUUUCUCUUGGUCGUGGAUAAACGCUAUUGGAAAUCGUGAAUUAUAUCAAAAUUGUGCUGAUAUUAAACUUGUUGGUAGCAAUUUAGCGAAACCAUUACCAAUCAUUGAUAUUACUCGUGCAAACAUCCCACCAGAAUUCCCUAACAUUAUAACUCCUCCCGGUGAUCCAGCUAAUACUGGCAACACUAAAGGAUCCGGCCCUUCCUCUUCCGAUGUUUCCGCUAAUAUGGCUCUCAAUAUUGGUACUGUAACAAAUACUUCAACCACUAAAGUCGUUGAGAACAAAAAGAAAAAGUAUUCUACUUUAAUUAUUGGAUGUGUAAUCGGUGGUGGUGGUCUUGUUAUCGUUAUUAUUGCUCUUGUAAUAUUUUAUAUGGGUCGACGACGUAAUACUCAAAAUGAAAGAAGACUUUCGGAAAAUUCUGCACAGUGCAACAAUGAACCAGGCUCUGCUAAUAUUUCUUCAGAAUCUAAGCCUGCACAUUCCGUAAUUUGA